CAUCUAAUUAGAAUUAUCAACACUCGCAAACACUCUUACCAUGAUCACGUUGUAUCUGUUGCUCGCCAUACCACUGGCGCUGUACAUCCUUUAUCUCGUAUCCAUACGAAAAUACCGAUAUUGGGAACAGAAGAAAGUGCCACAUCUACCACCAAAGCCAAUCCUGGGAAACUUCUCCGGAUACAUCCUCCAGAAGAAACAACUUGGACGUCUUGAACAGGAACUAUGUGAAAUGUUCCCUGAAGAACCGUACGUUGGUACCUACUUAGGCACGGAACCUACCCUCAUCAUACAAGACCCAGAACUCAUCAAGGUCGUCAUGACAAAAGACUACUACUACUUCAGCGGCCGUGAAGCCUCAAAUUAUUGGGACAAAGAAUUAGUAACCAGAAACUUGUUCUUCAGUUAUGGUGACAAUUGGAAAGUACAACGGCAGAACCUCACGCCUCUGUUCUCAUCCGCCAAGAUGAAGAAUAUGUUCCAUUUGAUUGAGAAAUGUGCUCGCGACUUCGAGAACAUGCUCGACCAAGAAGCACAGACAGGCAAAGACAUUGAAGUGAGAGCCCUCAUGGGUAAGUUCACAAUGGAUGCUAUUGGAAACUGUGUUUUUGGUAUUGAAACCAGAACGAUGGUGAAGACUGAAAAUAAUCCAUUCACGAAAAUUGGUAAUGUAAUCUUUGAUAUAAAUUCGUUCAAAGCAUUCAAGGGUGUCGCAAGAAGUAUUUGGCCAGCAAUUUUUUAUGGUUUGGGGUGCAAGACACAACCUGUUGAUAUUGACAAUUUCUUUACCAAUUUGAUGACUGAAACCUUUAAAGGGCGAGACUACAAGCCAACAACAAGACAUGACUUCGUCGACCUUAUGUUGAAGCUGUAUAACCAAAGAACGGUGACCGGUGUCAGUAUAUCGAGCAUGAAGGGUGAUGAGGCAAAGAAAGUGACUUUAGAAAUUGAUGCCGAAUUUUUGAUUUCACAAUGUUUCCUGUUCUUCGCUGCUGGGUUUGAGACUUCGGCGACUACAUUGGCCUACACUUUGUUUGAACUGGCUAAGAACCCUGAAGCUCAAGAGCUGGCGUUCCAAGAUGUGGACAGCUACAUGCAGCGCAAUGGUAACGUGUUGAAGUACGAGUGUGUUACAGAGUUGCCUUAUGUGGAAGCCUGUGUUAAUGAAGCUCUUCGUCUGUAUCCCGUUUUGGGCGUCAUAACUCGGGAAGUCAUUGAGGACUAUACAUUCUCGACGGGAUUAAAAUUAGAGAAAGGACUCCGGAUACAUUUGCCUGUGUUCCACAUGCAACACAACCCUAAGUACUUCCCCGACCCGGAGCAGUUUCUUCCGGAGCGGUUCCUGGGUGACGCUAAACAGAAUAUAACACCAUACACAUACUUUCCUUUCGGCGAGGGACCUAGACUUUGUAUUGGAAUGAGGUUCGCAAAGAUGCAGAUAACAGCUGGAUUAAUAACUCUGCUGAAGAAAUAUCGAGUGGAACUGGCUCCAGGAAUGAGCGAAAAAGUCGAGUUUGAACCACGAUCAAUAAUCACGGCUCCUAUUGGAGCAAUCCGGCUUAAAUUCAUACCACGAGACGGUUGGCAACUACGCGUGUUUAAGGUCGCAUCAUAAGUAUAAGUAAGAUUUAUUACACAAAGAAUAAUCAUUCAUUUACAUAAUGUGUCACAUUGGAAAUUUAUUGACUAGAAUUUAUUGUAAAAAAAAUGUAUGACAAGAACAAUUGCCAAGAGUCCGUGAAAAACUUUACUAAUCUAAAUAGAACUAAAAAAAAACCUCUGCCUACUCUUUCGAAAUAAGAAUCGUUACGUUGCUGCAAAAAAUAAUAAUAAUUAUUAUUAUUCAUUCAUGUCGUCACGCCUGCCUGUUUGUCGAUUAAGGAUGUUUCUUUUUUGUAAUACAAGCCGGUAAACUAGCAGACGGAUCACCUGAUGGUAAGUAAUCGCCUCCGCGCGCCGCCCAUUGACACCUGAAACACCAGAGGCGUUACAAGUGCGUUGCCGACAUUUUGGUGGUAAGGAAUUUAAGGGUUGUUGGGGAAUUGAGGAUUGGGAAAAUUAGGAAGAAGGGUAAUUGGGCCUCCGGCAACCUCAAUUGCACAACGAAACAAGACAAGCAUUGUUUCACGUCGGUUUUCUGUGAGAUCGUGGUAUUACUCCGGUCGAGCUCGGCCCAUUCGUGAAGUAUGGCUCUCCCACAUUUAAACGUCUUUUUUUUUAAUAUGCCUACAAUUCAGUCAGCUUAUACGGUAGUGUAGUUGGUACCCGUUCAAACUGAAUUCAUUAUUUAUGUUAUAGCAAAUAAGGAUGUAUAUCAAUUACUCCAUGCAACAGGGAGACCCCACUCCUUUGAGCCAAAGAUACGUUUCACAACCCAAGGGAGAUUCAUUAUGAUAUGUGUACGAAGAUUCUUACCCAAUUUAACUUAGAAACGACUUUACUGAAUUAAUUCUCUUUGGCUAUCAUUGAUGUAAUUGUUUUUAUGAUAUAAGCCGGUAAUCGAGCAGACGAAUCGAAACGAAACCUGAUGGUAAGCAAUCGCCGCCACCCAUUGACGCCCGAAACACCAAAGUCGUUACAAAUGCGUUGCCGGCCUUUUAGGUUAGGAAUUUAACGGUUGUUGGGGAUUAGGGUUUGGGAAGAGGGGUAAUGGGAUCUCCGGUCACACAACAUUUUCAUCCCCUCUUAUGUGAAAGAGGCUUCUAAUCUAAGAGCUCUCUAUCACAAGACUAUUAACUAUAAUCACAGCCUCAAAUUAUUUAGCUGAUUCCACUUUAAAAGUAAAGAGACCCAUACCCUUUGCAAACUUUGAAAUGACAAUUAACAAUCUCAAGUAACACAGUAUCACCUUCAGCGAUAUGAAAUGAAACUGUACAAACAAACAGAAAUGUAACUAUUGUUUGUAGAGAUCAAUUUCUAGAGUAAACCCCACUGUGAUUACCACACACUGGGGAUGUAUAGUUCUCUUUCAUUUGAGUAAAUAUAAUAUAUGUGUGUAUCAUUUUUGGAGUACGUAUUUGCCUUUCAUUUUAAUUUUAAUUUUGUAUUUGUAUUUCGUUAGGUUGAUGAGAUAUUAUUGUAUUUUGUAUUUUGAGUAAGUAAAUGUGAAGGUUUUUGUGUAAUUUUUUAAAUGAUUAUUGUGUGAUUCUAUGUAAUUGCAAAUUGAAUUUAUUGGAAUUGCAAAACUCAUUACAACUUAAAACGGGAUAUUGACUAUGUUUAUUAGUUUUAGUAAAAAACUUUUUUUUUUCAAAUGCAACUAUUGUAAACAGUGCUUUUCGUGGCCAGCCAACCGUCCCUGGAUGAUAUGGUAUCUCAUUCUAUGUACAUACAUUGUGGAAAGCAAAUAAAUGAAUAUGAAUAUGAA